AUGCACACCCAAAAUCAAAGCACUGUCAUGGAGUUCAUUCUUCUUGGACUCUCAGUGGAUCCUUUCGUACAAAUGUUGCUCUUCCAUAUUUUCCUGGUAGUUUACAUGACCACACUGACUGGAAAUCUCCUUCUCAUUCUGGCUGUGAGGACUGACAAACGUUUGCACACCUCCAUGUAUUUCUUCUUGGCUAGUCUCUCUUUCUUGGACAUCUGCUACACUUCCUCCAUUGUACCCAAAAUGUUAGUACAUUUUCUUUCACUAAAAAAGAGUAUUUCAUUCACAGGCUGUGCUGUCCAGUUCUUUUUUUCCCUGUUCCUGGGAUCAACAGAGUGCAUGCUUCUGGCAUUCAUGGCCUAUGACCGAUAUGUGGCUAUUUGCAUCCCUCUGCAUUACAAUAUGAUCAUGAACGCAAUGGCCUCUUUAUGGAUGAUCAGCAUAUCAUGGUUGAGUGGUUGCAUCAUUUCAUCUAUUGACACUUAUUUAACAUUUAGACUAAAGUUCUGUGGCCAUAACAUUAUCAACCACUUUAUCUGUGAGCUCCCUCUGUUGCUUCGGCUCUCUUGCAGUGACAUCUCCACAGUCAACAUCUUAAAACAUGUUGGCACAACCAUCUUCCUUUUAAUGCCACUUUCACUAAUCCUCUUUUCAUACAUCAGAAUCAUAACUGCAGUCACGACAAUUCGUUUGGGGAAAAGCAAAGCAUUUUCCACAUGUAUUUCCCACCUUGUGGUGGUGGUCAUUUUCUAUGGAUCGGCCAUAUUUAUGUAUGGUAAACCUGAACAUUUAGUCACAGAAGACACAGACAAAAAGGUGGCAGUAUUUUACACAGUGAUCACCCCGAUGUUGAACCCCUUGAUCUAUAGCCUGAGGAAUAAUGAUGUACAGAAAGCCAUGAUGCGACUAAAGAUGAAGACUGAAGAGCUUAGAAGGAUUUGCAGUUAA